AUGGCCGACCAAGUGAACUACAACAUGGAGAAGAUGAUCCCGGAGCUGGAGGAUCUCCAGCAGCUCCAGAUCUUCUCCAAGGACGAGAUCCGGCAGAUCGUGCAGAAGCGCCGGGACUUUGAGUACACGAUGAAGCGCCAGCCGCUGCGCAAGGUCGACUGCCUCCGCUACAUCGAGUACGAGCUCAACCUCGAUGCGCUCCGCCGUCAGCGCAAGAAGCGCAUGGGCCUCAAGAAGACGACGAUCAGCGACCACGCGCCCGUCGCGCGCGUCCACAAUAUCUUUGAGCGCGCGGUCAACAAGCACAAGGGCGACAUCGACCUCUGGCUGCAGCACAUUGCGUACUGCAAGAACAAUGCGAGCCGCAAGAUGAUGUCCAAGCUCUUUACGAGCGCGCUGCAGCUGCACCCGCGCAACGAAGCCAUUUGGAUCGAAGCCGCGUCGUGGGAGUUCAACACCAACCUCAACAUGGACUCGGCCCGCGUGCUCAUGCAGCGCUCGAUCCGUAUCAACCCGCACUCGCAGCGCCUUUGGGCCGAGUACUUUCGCCUCGAAUUCCUCUACGUCCAAAAGCUCCGCGCGCGCCGCGAGCUCCUCGGCCUCGACGCGCCGGUCGAGAAGCCCAAGGAGCUUUCGCUCGACAUUGAGACGCUCGACGAAGAGGCCAACCUUGCGACGGACGAGGCGCCGGCGCUGAGCGCCAUGGAGGAGUCGCGCCAAGCGAUUCUCAACGCCGCGAUUCCCAAGAUCGUCUACCAAAACGCGAUCCAAGCGAUCCCGUCGGACGCCUCGUUCCGCCUCCAGUUUGUCGAGAUCUGCCACCUCUUCCCCACGAGCUACUCGAAGGCCGUUGCGGAUAUCGUGCUCACGUCGGCCCUCGAAGACUUUCAGACUGACGCGACCGUCUGGAGUGCCUACUGCCAGCAGCCUGCGUUCGAUUUGGAGCGUGACGUGGACGCUGUGCGUAGCGAAGCCCUCGAGCGCUACGCGACCGCGCUGGAGACGCUCCCGACCGACGCGAUGCGCCAUGAACUGCUCCUCUGGUGCGCCAAGGAGCUCUCGCGCCUCCCUGCGUCGGCGUGGUUCUUGGAGCGGACGCGCGCGCUCUUCACGUCCGUGGGCCCGUCAUCGCCGGCCCUCUACGCCGCGCUGGUGGACUUUACGCUGCGCACGACCGACUUGACGUCGGCGAUCGCGAUCGCGACGGCGGCGACGACGGCCUUUCCCAAGGACGCGCACCUUUGGCUCCUUCGCGCCCAGCUCGUCAUGCGUGCGGCGUGCGUGCUCGAGGCGGCGCCAGCGACCAAGCGCGCCAAGAAGUCGAACGCGACCGCGCCGUCCAAGUUCCAGGCCACCGUGAGCGUCAUUGAAGACGGCUUGCGCCACGUCCCCGGUGCGACGCUGCUCUGGGAGCGCUAUCUUCAGCUGCAGGUGGCGACCAAGGCGUCGACGUCGACGAUCGACGCCACCUUCAAGAAAGCACUGGUUGCGACAAACAACUGGACCGUGCUGCGCCAGCAGUACGUGACGUGGCUCUUCCGUGCCAAGGGCAUGGAGGCCGUGCGCGCGGUGUACCGCAGCUUCUUCCACGGCCAGCUUCUCCCGAACGCCGACACGCACGCGUGGCUCGAAGCGUGCGUGGCGCUCGAGGUCGCGCAGCCCGACUCGCCGGCGCAGCGCGUCGCGGUGAAGGCGCUCUUUGAGAAGCUCCUCGACUUGUUCGGCCAGACCGACGAAGACGUGUGGGUCGCGUACAUCACAUACUACCGCGAGCGCGGCCUGCAAAAGGAGGCCCAUGACGUCCAUUGGCGGUCGACGCGUGCGUUCCCCGACUCGCUCAUGCUCGCGACGCUGCGAACGCUCGGCUAG